GGCGCAUGUGAUAAGAGUCUUCUUUCAAAUUAUUUCAUCGGCAACGCCUUCUUCAUCGGCAACGACCUCGAUAGUCCUCGUCCCGACACCAGCGUGUUAUAACCAAGCUCACCUCUGUCUUAUCUUCUCGGAUCCGGCGACGAGCACGCUUGACUCCAUCGUCUCCUCCAUCGCGAGCUCCUCCUCAGUAGCGGCGACUCGCCACCGUGCCCCUCCUCCCGAGCGUGAUAAUACUCAGAGUCAAAAGACCCGGAUGGCGGAUAUCGCGAGUUCUGUGUUUGGUGCUUGCUUCACGUGCUGGGAUCACACGGGGAAUUACCGGAGGUACAUCGAGGGUCUUGGUGACAAUUUGACUGCCCUCGAGAGCAAGAUGGCAAGGCUGCGACGUGCCUAUGAUGACGUGUACCGACUGGUCUCAACAGCUGAAGCAGAAGGAUGGAUCCGAACGGAGACCACGGAUGGCUGGUUGCAGAGUGUGGAAAAAAAAAAAGAGGAAGGCGAAGAGAUUCUGGCGGAGGGGAAGGGGAUGAUGGGAAUGACAUGCCUGUGCGGACUCUGUUGCAGCAACUGCCGCUCACGUUACAGGCAGUCGAAGCUUGCCGAGGCAAAGAGAAAUGAUAUAGAGACCGAGUUGGACCUAAGCCGUACCUUCAGGGUCAAGGAAGAUGUUGCCUACGAGCCUGCUGAUUUGAUGCUCAAGAGAUCUCUUAAGGCUCUCAGCCGCAAGAGAGAUGAAUUGCACGAUGUCUUUGAGACAGCAAAACAACGAGUUGAGCAAGAGGAAGGUAAGCACUUGGUACGAACUCGUGAAGCGGGCGGCUGGUUGGAGCGAGUGCAGCUUCUUCUCGAGAAAGAAGUGCGAGAGAUUCUCGAGCAAGGGGAGCAGGAAAUGAAGAAAGGCUUCCAGGGAGUUGGAGGGGUCUCUCUCUCUCAUUCUCAAAGGAACUCCACAUCAUAUUACGAGCUAUCAAAGCAUGCCGAGGAGAAGCAAGCCACUUUGGAAGAAGAGCUUCGCAAGGCCAGCGGUUUCACAGUUUUCACCUACAAGCCAGAUGAUCCGCUCAUGGAGAUACCUCUCGAGCCGCCAGUGGGCUUAGAUUCCAGCUUUGAGGAGGUAUGGAAGUGGGUUCAAGAUGACAGCGUGAGACGUAUAGGGAUAUAUGGCAUGGGCGGUGUGGGAAAGACCACCCUCCUAAAGAAAAUCCACAAUGAAUUACUGGGAAUUCGGAAUGAUUAUGAUGUUGUUGCUUGGGUUGUGGUGUCCCAACCAACUGAUCCUACAAAAAUUCAGGAAGCCAUCUGGGAGAAAUUGAAUCUCCCUAAAUCGGAAUGGGAUCGCACCAGUGAAUUCGAUAGAGCUCGCAAGAUACUGAACAUCAUGAAGAGAAAGAGUUUUCUGCUCUUUUUGGAUGACGUAUGGGAGGAAAUAGAUCUCUUGAAUCUCGGCAUUCCUUAUCACGGCCAUCAACGGAAAUCAAAGAUCAUAUUCACAACCCGAUUGGAGGAAGUAUGUGGUCAAAUGCAAGCUGAGAGGAAGAAGAAGAUUGAUUGUUUGCCACCAGAUAAAGCCCUGAAACUAUUCCGAGAGAAGGUGGGUGAAGAAACUUGGACCGCCCAUGUUGAAAUCCCAAGGCUUGCCGAAUCUCUAGUUAAGGAGUGCGAUUGCUUGCCGCUUGCUCUUAUUACUGUAGGGGCAGCUAUGGCCAGUAGGAAGCAUCCCGAUGACUGGAGACGAGCUAUUAAAUAUUUGAAGAAUCGCCCAUCAGACUUUGCAAGAAUGACAGAAAGGGUGCUCUCCGUGCUAGAAUUUAGCUAUGAAGCUUUGCCAAAUGAAACGCAGAAGAAGUGCUUCUUGUAUUGUUCAAUAUUCCCAGAGGAUUAUGUGUAUCGCAUGGAUGAGUUGAUUGAUCUAUGGAUGGGGGAGGGCUUUCUCAGCGAAUGCGAUGGUUCACAUGAAGCACGUGAUUGGGGAAUCGAUAUAAUCAGAUACCUCAAACGUGUUUGUUUGUUGGAGGAAGUUGACAUGUCUACCCAGGGAUCUUUUAAAAUGCACGAUGUAGUUCGAGAUAUGGCUUUAUGGUUGGUAUCUGAGCAUGGGCAGAAGAAGAAUAAGAUAGUAUGUCUGGAAAAGCAGAGGUCCUUUGAGCCGAAGGAAUUUAUGAAGUGGACUAAUGCAGAAACAAUUUUUCUCCAGGAUGUGUAUCAAGAGAUGGGAAACUUCCCGUCACCCACGGCUUUUUCCAGUCUAUCUACUCUGAUAAUACGGCGAACCAGAGUGAAGACAUUUCCGAAAGGAUUCUUUUGUUCUAUGCCAUUGUUGAGAGUGCUGGAUUUGUCAGACAAUGAAGACUUGGCAGAUUUACCGGAUGAUAUUGGAGCACUAGUAAAUUUAUGGUACCUUGAUUUGCGGUGGACAGAAAUAACGAAGUUGCCUGUGGAGCUGAAGACUCUGACAAAGUUGGUGUUUCUGCUUUUAGGUAAUAAGUGUGGUGUUCCGAAGGGACUGAUCCCAAGUCUGCCAUCCUUAAGAGUGCUUAGUGUUUCUCUUUCACAAAUAGAUGAUGAGGGAGAAGAGCUCCAUGUGAUUGAGGAGCUGAAUGGCAUGAACAACCAAAUAGAUGAUGUUCGCUUGCAAUUAAUGGCUGCCGCUGGUGUCCAAAAGUUACUCACGGACUGCCCUCACUUGCAGAAGUGCUUAAGAAGACUCGGUCUUGAAAGUUGUAAGGGUUUGCAGUCACUUAUAAUCCCGAAGCCAUCAUUGAGGAGAAUGGAGCAUCUCAGAGUUCUAGGUAUUUUUGAGUGUGAAUUGGAGGAGAUAAGCGUGGUAAAGGGAGAAUCAUACGGUUGCGGCGGUGAGACUGGGAGAAGUGAUGGAUCUGGAUCUCCUCCUCAUCCUUUUGCUUCUUAUUAUCCAGAACUAACUUCAACUUCAAGUUGCCUGGAAAGUCAGAACUGCUUCCGUAGCCUCAAAAGGAUAGUCAUCGGGUUUUGUGGAAGCUUAAAAGAAGUGACAGCUGUAAUUUAUCAUGCUCCCAGCCUUACCCACCUCUUAAUCCAGUUUUGUUCCGAGAUGCGGGAACUGAUAAGGGGGGAUAUUGAAGAUUCCCACGUGGACAGAACGCUCUCAUGCCUCAUCCAUCUUGAGUUAACAGAUCUUCCAAAAUUGGAGAGCAUAUGCAAGAGAGCGCUGCCCUUUCCUUCAUUGAAAUCGUUAGUGGUUAUGAAGUGCCCAAAACUGGAGAAGCUCCCACUGGAUAGCAACAGCAAAGGCAGUGCAAGACAAUUAAGCCGAAUUGAAGGAGGAGAGAAGUGGUGGGAUGGGUUGCGGUGGGAUGAUCCCGAGACCAAGCAAUACUUCUCUACCAAGUUUGUCGGCCGUUGAUUCCUUUUCCGAAUAAAAUUUCUUUCUCGUUGUCAUCCAUUCAUACAUAUCUAAUGUAUGUCAAUUAAUUAGGAACAUGCAUGGGAAUAAUGAUUAUGUAA